CUAUAUCUGGUCUCCCACGGACCCUGCAUUCACUAUAUCUGGUCUCCCACAGUACACAGAACAUGGAAGUGCAAUUAUUUCAGUAAAUAUAAACUACUAAAUACCUUUCCUCAUCAGCAGUUAGAACAGUCUUGUGACUUCAUCUGAGCACUGGUUAAAGCUUAUAGGAGGAGUUUUUUUCUGCUCUAGGAAGAUACAGAACCCCUGACCUCUGUCUGGACAGUGCUGAUUGGCGCUGAUCACAUGCACUCUCCCAAGAAAAAAAAAAAAAACCUCUCUAGCAAUACACACUAAGCUGAGCAU